AGAUUCGACACAAUGAUUUUGUUAUUUUUCAUAUGCUUUUUAGUGAGGACAGGAAUCACCGAAUUAGAAUCUCAACUCUUUGAUUUGCCAUCCCUAUAUGUAAAAACUGAUCAAUUAUAUCUUCACAAACGAAAUACUACUAAUUUAACAUGCGAACUCAGCUCCGGCUACUCAGAAGCUCGCAUGAAAUCUGUGAUAUGGCUCAAAGACAACGAAGUAAUAUCAUUAAAUGAUACUGAUUACGUUUGGCAAGGAUUCAUAUUAAUUAUUGUUGGAUCAACUCCUCAAAAUGAGGGAGAAUAUCAGUGUAUUGCUGAAAUGACAAAAAUUCGGUUAUCCAAUCGACAAUUGAUCACGACGACCAUAAUAUCAUCUCCAUUGAGGAUUCGUCGAGCCAGAUUUACCAAGUUUGAUGAGAAUGUGAACAAUACUGCUAUAACAGUCCGAGAAAAUGACAUUAUACGACUACCAUGUGCUGGGAUGCCUGAUGUGAUUCCAGCACCAGCCCAACUAUGCUUCAGACGCUUGGAAAAUGAAGAUGAAUGUUUGGGAGGAAGAAACGAUACAAAGUAUUUUGUCACCGAGACUGGAAUGCAAAUCUCUUUGGUAACACCUUCAGAUGCCGGUUUCUACCACUGCUUUGUGACAAAUGAGUACUUGAAUCAAACCAAAAUGAGUCCAAAGCCAUUAUUGCUGAUUGUAAGCGAGGCAAAUCGUACUGAAAAAGCAAAAGCGGAAGCUCUGAAACCAAGGCUGGUGUAUCCCACCCGUGAAACCACGAUAGAUAAGCCAAUCAAACUAACAGUGGCAGAAGGAGAGGAUAUUCUACUGGAGUGUGUUAUGAAUAUGGCAAAAGUCGUAUGGAUCAAACACAAUGACACCACUCCUAAUGUCACUAUGGAGGACAACAUGUCACGGUUCCAACAAAUUUGGGGAAAUCUCAAAAUACGGAGUAUAGCUGCCGGAGAUGCUGGAAUAUACACUUGUCUCGGAUUGCCGAUUGUUGGAGGAGAUGGUAUUAUAGACAAUAACUCAACACGACCUAGAAUAGAUUAUAGCCUGAAUGUUGUUUCCCCAUCCGGAGUUCGGUUAUCCAUCAGUUCGCUGUAUGAUAAGCGAUACUUGCUUGAAUGCCUUGCAACAAACAUGCGUUACGAAAUUCCAACUGCGUAUAUCAACGGAACAUCUAUAAUACACAACAUCAAUGAAUUGGGUAUACCCAGUAAUACCAAUUUUUAUAACAAUCCUAUACGAGUACACAUGGAAGUAAAACGAUCAUUCACUGGAAGUAUACAGUGUGUAUCUCGACCGGCAAUGGUUGAAGCUGAAAUAUACGGUUAUGGACUAGAAACUGGCAAAUCCAUGAAUAUGUAUGUGAUGAACACGUUGAAUUCAAACGAUUUGAUCAUCAAAGGACCGAAUAAUAUCACUGUGUUGAUAGGAAAUGUCGCAGAUUUUCCAUGUAUUGUGCAGAGAGUCAAAGCAAGAUCAUGGAUGAAAAACAAUCGAACCUUAUCACUGUUCACUGCCAGACGUACCAUCCUCGGUUCCAACUCUUUGAGAAUUAAGAAGGUGGAAUUGGACGACGAAGGAAUGUAUACAUGUGUUGCUCAAAGUGAGAGCGGUAUCACAAGCUAUUCAUCAGCAUAUCUGACAGUGAUAGACAAUUCUACUACACCAGCGCCAGUGGUUACCUCGACAGAACCGUUUGCUGAUAAGAAGAAGGAUAUGAGAAUUGAUGUGGAGGAUGUAAGAGGCUUCGUGACUGGAACGGAAGUGAGAAUUCAGUGGUCUGUGUUGGGAAAAAUGGAAGCGCUGACCAAAAUUGCAAAGUUUAUAAUCGAAGUGCAAACGUUCGGAGCAUCAGAAGAAUCUUGGAUUGAAGCAGAUAGUGUUGAUUCUCAUGUUCGUGCCACCACAAUUAAGUCUUUGAUAUCUGACAAUAAGUACAAGUUCCGCAUAAAAAUGGUUCGAGAUGACGGAAGCCAUGUUUUGAGUUUACCCACUGAUUGGAUGACAGUGGAAGCUACCAGUGGUGAUGUUCUACCACUGGCACCAAAGAUAAUAACAGUGUACCAACACUCGACGUCGUCUGCAAAAGUGCUCUUCUCACAUAACGUUCCCAUCGAAAACGCGGCCGCCAAAACAUUUGUGAUCGUUUACAACGAGGUGUCAUCGGCCCAGAAUAAAUCACAAGUGAUCCAAGUGGACGGUGACCAAAACGACGCUAUCAUCACUGGACUGAAUUUUGAUACGGAAUAUUCGAUAAGAGCCAUUGCUGAGAACGCUGCUGGAAAAAGUGUUCAUAGUGCCGAGUAUCUGUUCAAUACAACUCGUAAGUCAUCUUUCCUUGAACUUGUUGCUCCCGAAACAUUUGCACUUAUUUUUGUGUUCAUUUGUUUCUUCGUCCUCGUUGAGAGCUUUCCCAGCCGGAAAAUUUCUGAUUGCUACCAGAUGUGUGGGGUUGGGAGGAAACGAAGAUAUAAACGGAUGGGGUCCGUGAGGGUGUCGCGGGUUCAAACGAAGAGUCAAACAGCGAUUAAUUGUAAAAUAACUUUUCUCCGACUUCAUUGUUUCAACUAUUCAUUAAAUAAUAUUUCAGAUAACGGAAUGCUGGCAUCGGUUCGGAUAUUCCUCGGGACCAUUGAACCCCACUUGACAUUCAAGAAUAUUGCGCUUGGAGGAAUUGUCACAUUCUUGGCGUUAAUUAUUGUUCUAGUUUGCUUUUUUGUGUUUUGCAACUUACGAUCCGGAAAAGGAAAACAAAAAAGUCAAGCUAACGGAAAAUUCCUAGAUGCUUCAUAUCGGAUUUUCAACGAGCAAAAAGUGCAUAAAUCUCGCAUGUUUGACGACAACGCCGAAAUUCUGGAGGCCGACGUUGAUGAAUGCUCACCGUUGAAAGUGAGACAAGUAGACGAGAGACACUCUGGCGAUUCUGAUAAGUACGGAUUUCACAAUCAUGAUGAGAACUUGCCAAAUUUAUACGGGAACAUGGAUGAUAUUAUGGAUAUGGAAGAGCAUGCAGAGAUUCCAAAUGAUCCGACCUAUGUGUCAGCUGCAAAGAUUAAUGGAGACUAUGGUGUCCACUCCACUGCAAGAUGCUAUUCUCCAGAAAGCCGGACUUCUCAUGAAAUGUUGGUUUCAUAUUCCAGAAGCGCUCCACACUCGACAACUAAUGGCUCAUCUCCACAGAUGAACGGUUCAAUGCAACGUGUCAAGGCAUACAACUACGCAGAUUCUCUCCUCUACUCUCCAGCUGGCACCACCUCGUCGAUUGCUGAAACCAAUAGCAGUGGACACGGAGGACAUAGAGGACACUGUGAUUCUCCAAAUACUGCUCCAGCAAGCGACGAGAGUGACCAAGGUAUCAGAUGUGGUGGAUCUUCUCGUAACAGUCACAUUUCUUCAACAGAUGGAACAAAGAUAAUGACAAUGGGAACAUUCAAAGGAUCGACACCGACUAGUUCAUUCGUGAGCACAUUUGACAGAAGACGAUCUGAAAAUGUUGCUUGA